AUGGGGCGGGGGGGGGGGGGGGGGGGGGGGGGGGGGGGGGGGGGGGGGGGGGGGGGGGGGGGGGGGGGGGGGGGGGGGGGGGGGGGGGGGGGGGGGGGGGGGGGGGGGGGGGGGGGGGGGGGGGGGGGGGGGGGGGGGGGGGGGGGGGGGGGGGGGGGGGGGGGGGUGUGGGUGGGGGGGGGGGGGGGGGGGGGGGGGGGGGGGGGGGGGGGGGGGGGGGGGGGGGGGGGGGGGGGGGGGGGGGGGGGGGGGUGUGGCGGGAAG